GUGCUAACAUUACUUCCGCUUUAACAAGCUCAGUAUCACCGCCACCAUCUCGGUAUAUGGGGACACCCAUCGGUUUUUUAAGCGGCAGAAAUAAUUUAAACUUUUGAGACGACAAUAUAACAUUAUAUUUGUUAAGUAAUUAUUUCUGCGUGAGAGCAACUUGGAUACAAAGUAUAUUAUCCACGAAGAAGAAGCUUAGCUAGCUAACUGCUAACUUUUGACGUUUUUAGCUAGCUAACCCAACUUAGCUGCGGAGGAAUUUCACAGCCUGUUUAUGUUUUCGCCAGUUCAGAGAAAUGUUGGACGGAUCUCCGGCUCACAACGAUGAAGCCAACAUCGGCAACGUCGAAAACAACAACCCGAUAUCGUUGAUUUCCAGCAGCGAUGGGGUGAACACGGGCAACAAAACGAGGCAGGCGCUGCUGAAGAAAGGAGGGAGGAAGCUGCGGUCAGCAGUGCCGCUGCAUCACCAGAAACCCCCGAGAAACAGCCCCAACAUCCGCCUGUCGGAUCACAACAACAACAACACUCUGACAGCUUCAUCGGCUAACAAACCCGCAGCUCAGCCCGGUACCGAGCUCCCUGCCGGUACACAGACCGCACUGACCCUCCAUCAGGUCAAACAGGGAGCCAAGAAAGAGCUGCUGAAAUCUAAAGGUGGCAGAUUGGAGCGAGGGGCCAUGCAGCUGGGUGGCCAACCUGCCCGCAACCUGCCCAGACACGAUCAAAUCAGCCAGAACAUGAUCACACGGAGCCACAAGCCCAAACAGGGCCAGCCCCCCGGUGCUUCUCACUGCACAAAGAAGAAAGAUAACAGCAGCCCGAAUAAGCCCUUUUCUCUCCACCAGCCUCCACUCCGAGAGCAGAAAGAGCCCCUCCACGCCUCCAACAACGUGAAGAUCGUGAGCACGCCGCCUGCUGAAGCCACGCCCGAAUACCUCAAAGAUGGCGAGAAGGUCUACGCUGGAGCGAAGUUCAGUGAGCCGCCCUCACCAAGUGUCUUACCUAAACCGCCCAGCCACUGGGUCGGGGAAAACGAGCCUCAACAGAGCAACCAAAGCCGAGAGCAAAUGACUGUUCACUUAAAGUCGCUGCUCAAGGUUCAGGAUAAAUCAUGACCACAGGCUGGAGUUUCAAAUUGGCGCUGACCUAUCUGAUACCUAAUUUACACGGACAAUUGGAAACUUAGUAUUGAGGAAAAUUGAGUUUGGCCUUUGACACACUGCAAUACAAUGUAGGGAGUUUUUAUUAACUGUAGUACAAUUUCCCACAAUUCAACAUGCUGCCUGCCUUCGUGAACAUUUUAGAGACAUCGUGUUGUUGCUGGAGAUCUGACUGACCUGCUGUGUACCUCAGGUGUCUAUCAGAUGUUUUCUGCCGCCUUGUUGGCAGAGGAAAGAAAAUAAUCUGUUUUUGUGAUUGAAUUUGUGAGCAAACUAACUGUUAUUUUCAGGAAGUGAACAUAAGAAAGCGUGUAGUAGGAGGCCGAGGUCGUCUCCAGCAGCAAACACCAUCAGUGUCUCAUGUUUACAUUAUGUGAAGUGAUCACGGCGCUUUCUUUGUGAACACUUGAAAAGGCAGCCUUGUGUUGAUUGACUUUUUAAAGAGCUUGUGUAAAUGUACAUAAUAUAUUGUGAGCAUAUAUUUGUGUAUAUUUUUCCUUGUUAUUUUAACUGAGAUUCUAGUUUUGUUACUGAGGUUUUUCCAUUUAAAAAAAAAAAAAGAAGUCCCCAGUGAACUGAGGCACUUUGUUACAGCUCCCUCAGAGUGAGGCACAGCGGACGAAAGAAAGACUUUUCUUACCGAUUUGCACUGAAAACUAAAAUCAGGAAGGGCAGGAAACCUCAUUUUGAUGUCCCAAAGCUUGACCAGCCACUUUGAUGAAUUCACCAGCCAGCCUAGAGCACAGGAGAGGACGUCCAGAUUCUGGCUGGUCACCUUUCAAAAUGGCUCAGAUAGCGGACAAAUCAAAAUCUGAAUCUUCCAGCUGGUGGCUGAAGUUCUUUCCCUUCCCUGAACACGGGUCAAGUCGGUGGAAAGCCGAGAGUCGAAUCAGGGACUGUGAGGCUGCUGAAGCCUCAGUGAACUGAAAAGAAGAUGACAAUGUGAAAAGUCUCACAACCAGCUGCUGCAGAAAGCCAGUAUCCAGCAUCCAGACCGAGUGCUUCUUCUUUUUGAACUCUAUUGCACUGACUGAGUACGUUCACAUUAAGCCGGCUAAAUUUAAAACUGCAUCUUUCUCUCUCUGUUUCGAUCGUCUGUCCGCACUGAGGCGCCGUUUUUCAGACCCAAAACCGAAGGGGGCUUGGUGUUUCAAUGUGUACGGGGAAAACUGGACUCGUGUAAAGCGAUGACGUAAGCCUGCACAGUCACAGUUGGGGAAUGCGUGGCAGUAAAAUUAACAAUCUUCUGUUCUGCUUCAAACUUUAUCUGUGAUCAGUAAUUGAUCAGUAUUUUUAAAUGUCAACGCCUAUCGAUGACCAACACAGCCGUUGUCACUCGCCCUUUUUUGUCAAAAGACGUCACAAUUAGAGUGAGUCGAUUAAGUAGUUAUUCGAAUGCCAGAAAAAUUAUCUUGAGUCAUUGUCCAAGCAAAAACAUUUGCGUCUAAAAUGUGAGGAGUUGCUGCUUAUUUCUGUUUUACUGUAUAUCACUGUAAACAGAAAGUUUGGGUUUUGGACUGUCGGCCAAAACAAGACAUUUCAAUAUGUCACUUAAGGAUCUAUUGUAAGAGGCAUUUUUAAACACUUUUCUGGCAUUUUAUAGAAUGAUAUGAAACAAUCGAUUAAUCAAUAAUGAAAAUAAUCAUUAGUUGUAGCCUUAGCCAUGAUCAUAAAACAAUGACUUGAUCUGCACCGGACCACAGCAGCCUGGCUGCGAUCAAAUCACCCUCAUCAUUACAUACUCUUGGCAAUAGAAACAGAUGAACGCAAACAGUAAGUGAGCACAACUAAAUGGUGGAUUCGGCCGCAUAAAAAGACGCUGUAGGUGAUCACAGAGAGCAGGAGGGGACGGAAAAGAGGUUUUAAAGAGCUGAGACUCAGCUGCCCCUCACCAGAUGUUGGUUGUGAGAGGACAAAGACGAAGCGAUCAAGCUGUUUUCCUGUUGGUGUGGAUGCAGAUCUUUACCAAAACGACGUGAAAACAUUAGUGUAGACGCACAUUGUUUUUAAACUGGGUUUUAAUAGAUGAACGGCUUCAUGUGGACGUAGUCUUACUUUUGACUGUAUAUUAUGUUUUUUUUUAAAGGGGACUUGUUUUCACACACAACUUCAUUUCACAUACCUCUUCUUUACUUUUUACUUUUUAAAGCAUGUUAAUGUAUACCAACAGUAUGUGUUGAAAUUGGCACAGAUGAUCUUGUGAUUACAGUGUGUACCACAUGUGGUUUUUAUUUUAUUUUACUGGUUUCUGUGGAUGCAGGCGGCUGCUGGAUCUUGUUUCUUGACCUCUGUGACGUCACGUAAAUGGAAAAUUGUAUUGCUGUAGCAGAAACUGCCUGUUUCAUUGCAGUGUUUUGAAAUUAUUUCAUUCCAGUGAUGAGAAUAUGCUUAAUACACCUCCAUGCCACAAAUUGGGAAAAUAAAUUAAUUUUAUGAAGCCUUUCAUACUUAAAUAAAAAAUUAUAUUAAAAUAUUGGUUACCCCUA